UCCGUAUACGUCACUUUGGCGGGAAGUAGAUACCCAGCAAGGCUACAGGCAUCCGUCAUUUUAAAUGCACAUAGGACCUCCAGCUCAGGGUACAGGCCGGGCUAUUCACUGCGGACCCGUGUAGCGAAAGAUGGCUACUUCAUCCGUGUCAAAGGGCUGCUUUGUUUUCAAGCCCAGCGCUAAGAAAAAGAAGAAGACUCUCAGUCUGGAGAGUUACUUCGUUCAGGGAUGCGAGGAUGCUGAGAGCAGUGAAAUACGAUUCAGGUUAUGUCAGGAACUGUGGGACGAAAUCAAAACAGACACAGAGGUUUUACAAGAUGAACUCAACAGGACAAUCUUGGACAGUUUGCUGGACUUCACGAGGAAAUGCUCCUCUACACGUCAAAACAGUGACUGGACAUCACAGAUGAGGGCCAGUGAAAUCCCCACAGCAGCUCUAAUGCUCGGUGUGAACGUCCCAGAUCACGACAUGACCUUUCAGAGUCUGUCUGACAUGCUAAAGCAGUCUGUCAGCCCUCACGUGGCCUCUGUGCAGGCCAAAGAGUGUGGAGCACUGAAGCAUUUGAUGAAGAAGGUGCUCGAACGGUUGAUGGAUACAGUUGUGGUUGUGGAUGAUGAAGAUGAGGAGGAGAAUGUGGAGACGAGCCCUCGGGUCCAUAGGAGCAUGCACUGCUCUCUCGGGAUACUUUGUGAUUGGUACACUGCAAGAACAAAGAAAUCUCCCACUGGUACUCCAGGGAAAAAACGUAGCUCUCAAGUCAGAGAUGAGCAGCAGCAGCCUCCUGUUGUAAUCAUUUUCAAAGAUUUGGAGGCUUUUAACCCAAGAGUUCUUCAGGACUUCAUCCUCAUCUGCAGUCAGUACAUUGACCGCCUACCGCUGACCUUCAUCUUUGGGAUCGCUACAUCACCCAGUACCAUCCAGCACAUGCUUCCCCACUCCGUGUCCUCCCUGCUGUGCAUCGAGCUUUUCCAGUCACUGUCAUGCACACAACACCUGGCUACAGUCAUUGACAAGUUGAUCCUGGCAUCACGCAUUCACUUUAAACUCAACGGGAAAGUGAUGCAGGUCCUCAUUGGUGUCUUCCUCUACCAUGAUUUCUCAGUGAGAAACUUCAUUAAGGGACUGCAGCUGGCUCUGCUCGAGCACUUUCACUCUCAGCCUCUCAGUGUUCUGUGUUGCAAGAAAAAGCAGGCUCUGUUCAACGUCACACAGCUCAGCAAACCCAACUUGGACAGGAUAAGACAGCUGCCGUCGUUCAAAAGGUAUGUAGAGAAGCAGGAAGCACAGGAACAGGUCAAUCUGAUGACCGAUGACUCUCACUUAAAGGAAGUGUGUCAACAACUGAUAAAGGAUCUCCACAAAUACCACAAGAACUAUUAUCCCAUCCUGAGGUGUCUCCACACUCUGACCUCAUCGUUACCUCGAUAUCCUCUCGGAAAACAGAUCAGGGAGCUCUAUUUAAUAUGUCUGGCGAAGAAUGUGUGGGAGAAUGAGGACUACCAGUCAGCCAUGAAGCUUGUAAAGAUGCUGGCAAAAGGCGAGAUGGUUUCUUUACUACAGAAGUGUGUGGAGAUACUGCAGCUCAGCAAGUCAAAGAAGAUGAAGAAUGCUCUUGUCCAGCUGGAGGAACUACUUGCCAAAUUCAAGCAGCUGGACACUGCUACUGAAAUGACUCCAACUGUGGAAGCCUCUAUCCCCUCUCCAAUAAAAAAUCUUCAAAAGAAAACGGAUCUGUUCCAGCUGCAGAAGACACUGCUGGAGAUGAACGAGUCUCGGAGAGCCAAGCGACUGAGUCCGUUUGAAAACCUCAGGAACGAAGCGCUCGAGUUUAUCGACAAUUUAGUAAAGAGCCAUCUGUCCCCCCCAGAGUCCCAGCCUCUUUAUGAGGUCUGCUACUACAGUUCAUCUGCCACAGUGAGACGCCACCUCAAUGCGACACCUCGUACCUCCAUUCAGGCUGCGCUCAGCAAUCCUUACUACUAUCUUCAGAACGACAGCCUGAAGAGCGAAGAUGGGACGGUGUCCAACACUGCUCCCGACAUCUGUAUCGCUUACAAGCUCCACCUGGAGUGCGGAAGGCUGAUCAACCUCUACGACUGGCUGGAAGCGUACUCCACCGUGGUUUCGGCUGCUGAGGGUAACGAUCAGGAUUCUGAAAAUUUUGGGAAAGUGGAUGAAGUCAAACACGCUCGUUUCAUCCGCGCUGUGUCAGCGCUCGAAUUUCUGGGCUUCAUCAAGUCUACCAAGCAGAAGACCGACCAUGUGGCUCGACUCACCUGGGGAGGCUGCUAACCACAAUUGUGACAAUGAGAAAAUUUUUUUAACAUCUGUGGAAAUUAAUUUCAGAUUUGUAUUUUUCACUCUAAUAAAAGACGUGCAAAUUA